GGGCAGGGGCAGAGUUCCAGGCCGACGGCCCCUGUCGCUGUCGUGCCCGACCUCCUGCGCCCCCAGGCUCACGAGGGAACGGGCCUCGGACACUAGCCUGGCCCCUCCGCGGGCCGGGAUUCCAGGUUCCUGGGGUCCCGCGACCACCCCGGCCCCGCGCCGCAGGCCUCCUGAAGAGAGUCGCUGGCUGUGGUCGCCGCCAGGAGGGGGUAUUUCUGCAUCUGGAAAGGAAAAUAAAACAAAAAUCUACUGUGGAAUAGGUGUAUUUUUGUCACUUUCUAUGAACUAAAGCGAUUCAAUGUCUCUUUUGGAUUGUUUUUGUACUUCACGAACACGAGUUGAAUCACUCAGACCUGAAAAACAGUCUGAAACCAGUAUCCAUCAAUACUUGGUUGAUGAGCCAACCCUCUCCCGGUUACCUCUGUCUGCUGGAGCCAGUGAAGUGAUAAAUUCCACUAAUGUUUCUCACUAUGAACUUCAAGUGGAAAUAGGAAGAGGAUUUGACAACUUGACUUCUGUCCACCUUGCAAGGCACACUCCUACAGGAAUGUUGGUGACUGUAAAAAUUACAAAUCUGGAAAACUGCACUGAUGAACGCCUAAAAGCUUUACAGAAAUCACUAAUUCUAUCCCACUUGUUCCGGCACCCCAAUGUUACAACUUAUUGGACAGUUUUCACUGUUGGCAGCUGGCUUUGGGUUAUUUCUCCAUUUAUGGCCUAUGGUUCAGCAAGUCAACUCUUGAAGACUUAUUUUCCUGAAGGAAUGAGUGAAACUUUAAUAAGAAACAUCCUCUUUGGAGCAGUGACAGGGUUGAACUAUCUGCACCAAAAUGGCUAUAUUCACAGGAGUAUUAAAGCCAGCCAUAUCCUCAUUUCUGGUGAUGGCCUAGUGACCCUCUCUGGCCUGUCCCAUCUGCAUAGUUUGGUUAAGCACGGACAGAGGCAUAGGGCUGUGUAUGAUUUCCCACAGUUCAGCACAUCAGUGCAGCCGUGGCUGAGUCCAGAACUACUGAGACAGGAUUUACAUGGAUAUAAUGUGAAGUCAGAUAUUUACAGUGUUGGGAUUACAGCAUGUGAAUUAGCCAGUGGGCGGGUACCUUUCCAGGACAUGCACAGGACUCAGAUGCUGUUACAGAAACUGAAAGGUCCUCCUUAUAGCCCAUUGGAUGUCAGUAUUUUCCCUCAGUCAGAAUCCAGAAUGAAAAAUUCCCGAUCAGGUAUAGACUCUGGGAUUGGAGAAAGUGUACUUGUGUCCAGUGGCACUCGCACAGUGAACAGUGACAGACUGCAGACGCCAUCCUCAAAAAGUUUCUCUCCUGCCUUCUUCAACUUGGUACAACUCUGUUUGCAACAAGAUCCUGAGAAAAGACCAUCAGCAAGCAGUUUAUUGUCCCAUGUAUUCUUUAAACAGAUGAAAGAACAAAGCCAGGAUUCAAUACUCUCACUGUUGCCUCCUGUUUAUAACAAGCCAUCAGUAGCAGUGCCUCCUGUGUUACCUUGGACCGAGCCAGAAUGUAUUUUUCCUGAAGAAAAAGACUCAAACUGGGAAUUCUAGGGCUGCCAAAUCAUUUUACGUCCUAUAUACUUGACAUUUUCUCCUUGCUGCUUUUUCUUCUGUAUUGUUAGGUACAAAUACCAGAAUUAUACUUGAAAAUACAGUUGGCGCACUGGAGAAUCUUAUCAUUUUAAAGCACUUCCAUCCAAAGGGGCCUGAGCUUAUAGCUCCUUUGCUUAGUUCAGAGUGCUAUCACAACUCCAGGGAAACUUCAGAAUUAUUAAUGUAGUGUCUUCUAUUCUUGAAUUGUUUUCCCAAGCUGUGACUAACUCCUCUCUUGAUUUUUUUCAGUAUAACUUUUGAGCCAGUUGAUUUCUUCAGCAGUUUGCUGCCUUCAGGGGAAUGAGCCCUCGGAGGACAGUGCUUCCAAGUACAUCUUUUUCUUCCAGGUUCUCUAGCCUGUAUGAUCAGCUAUUGUUAGACCAACAGGCUAGUUUAUCUUGGCACCAAACUCUGUUUGGUAGAAGGGAAAACGUUUAUACUUUCCUGUUUCUUCUAUUAAUACUUACGGUAAUGUCAAACUGAGCCUCACUCACAUCAAAUGAUUCACUUGAAAUACAUAGAGAAGUUAUAAUUUGCUUUUUUUUAAAAAGGGGCUAGUUAAAGUAACACUUUUCUAUGUACAUUAUCAAUCCUAAAUCCAUGCACCCUGUGGGAGCUCAAUAAAGAUUUAUUGAAUUGAGUUUAUGCUUUUAUUUAUUUCCCUGUAUGACUUGACAGAUUUAAAGCACAGAUCCUAAUUGAUGGUAUUACCUUAUCAAAAGAGAGAUGUUAUGUCUCAAAAAGUAUGCAGUUUCAGCUGUAGUAAAUCCCGGCCUACCUCAGAUUUUUUCGCUGGGUACAAUCUUAUUUAACAUGGCAAUAAAAGUUAUUUAAAGAUGAUUGUCUUGAAAAUACUAAAACCGAUGAGACAAAUAAUACACAUAUUAAUAGGCAUUUGAAACACAAUCCUAUUCAUGUUUAUUGGCCAUUUGAAUAUCAUCUUUCAUGAUCUAGCUCUUUGAUUCUGUUACCGAUUUUUCUCUUGGAUUCUUUAUGUUUUUAUUAAUUUUUUAAAUAUAUUCUGGAUACAUGCACUUUAUUGGCUGUAUGUAUUGCAAGUAUCUUCUCCCAGCCUCUUUAGUGAUGUCUUUUGAUCAACAAAAGUUCUUAAUUUUAAUCUAGCCCAAAUUAUCAAUCUUUCUCAUUAUAUUUCUUCUUUUUCAGUCCUGUUUAAGAAAUAGUUAGAACAACCAGAUGGUGCCCAGCUACCACCACUGACUGCUCUGAGAGGAAUCACGAUAGAGGGUCCUGAACCAGAGUGGAAGAAAAAUGUAGAAUAAAAUUCAAAAUCAUACACAAAAAAAAAACCCCACAUUUGCUGGUCUCAAAGAGACUGGAGAGACCUUGGGAGUAUGACCCUCAGAUACCAUUUUAACUCAGUACUGAAGACACACCCAAGGUUCACCCUUCAGCCAAAGAUUAGACAGGCCUACAGGGCAGUCAAUAACACACAUGAGGAAAGUGCUUCAUAGUUCAGUCAUGUAUUUGAGACUAAACAGACACAACAGCCCAAAAGCAAAGAUGAGAAGGCAGAAAGGGACAGCGAAACUGGCCAAAUGGAAACAGGGAACCAAGGAUGGAGAAGGGGAGAGUGUUGACAUAUCACAGGGUUGGCAACCAGUGUUACAGAACAAUUUGUGUAUUGUUUAAUGAGAAACUAAUUUAUAAACUUUCACCUAUGGCAUAAUUAAAAAAAAAAAAAGAAAUAGCUUUGGUUUUCAAAAAUAUUUUCUUAAAUUAUCUUCUAGGGCUUUAUUACUUUGUCUUUCACAUUUAGAUGUACAAUCCACCUGGGAUUGACGUGUGUGUGUGUGUGUGUGUGUGUGUGUGUGUGUGAGAUGAAGAGAUCAAGUUUCAGCCUUUUCUAUAUGGCUGUGAACUGACCAGCGAUAUUCACUGAAAAGGCCAUCUAUUUCCUAAUGCUCUGUAGUAACACUUGUCAUAAUUCAAAUAUUCGUACAUGUGUAUGUCUGUUUCUGAACUUGGUUCUGUAAUUUUUAAAACAUUUUUUUCAGUGCCAUACUGUCACAAUUAUUACAGCUUUAUAAUAUGUCUUUCUAUUGGGUCAGUUUUAAUGUCCCCAUUUCUUAUCUUAGUUAUUUUCAACUUCUCUCCUUUUUUUUUUCAGUCUAGCUAAAGGUUUGUCAAUUUUAUUGAUCUUUUCAAAAAACCAACAUCUGGUUUUAUUGGUUCUAUUGUUUUUCUGUUCUCUAUUUUGGUUAUUUCUGCUCUGAUCUUUGUUAUUUCCUUCUUUUGGUAGCUCUAGGCUUAGUUUGCUUUUCUUUGUCUACCUUAUUUUUAUGCAAAUAAUGAACCCUUUCUACAUUUGUUUGCCAACUGUGCCCUCCCUCCCAGCGUAUUUUUGUAAGUGCACUAUGCUAAUUUUUUUUACAGCAACAUGUAAAAAAAUUGGCAUAGCAGCAGCACUUGUGAAAAUACCUUGCAAGGAGGGCUCAGUUGACAAACAAACAUAGAAGGUGCAUGUUAUUUGUGUAAAAAUAUGGUAGUUCCUCAAGUUGAAGAGUUAGGCUAUUUGAUGUAGGUAUUUAUUACUGUAAAUUUUCACCUGAACACUGCCUUUGCUGCAUUCCAUGGGUUUUGGUAUAUGUUUUCAUUUCCAUUCGACUCUAAGCAUUUUUAAUUUCUCUGUUGAUUUCUUCCUUGCUCCAUUGGUUAUUUAAUAGUGUGUUGUUUAAUUUCCACAUAUUUGUGUGUUUUCCAGUUUUCCUUCUGCAAUUUUUAGUCUCAUUCAUAUGUGGUCAGAGAAGAAAUUUUGUAUGAUUUCAAACUUCUAAAAUUUCUUGAGACUUGUUUUGUGACCUAGCACAUGAUAUAUCCCGGUGAAUGACCCAUGUGCACUGGAGAAGAGUGUGUAUCGUUCAGUUGUUGGGUGGAGUGUUCUAUUAGGUCUGUUGGUUUAUAGUGUUGUUCAAGUCCUCUGUUUUCUUACUAAUCUUCUAAGUAUUCUAUCCAUUAUUGAAAGUUGUGUAUGGAAGUUUCCAGCUAUUAUUGUAGAGUUGUCUGUUAUUCACUUCAGCCCUGUCAGUGUUUGCUUCAUGUAUUUUGCAGCUCUGAUGUUAGGUGUAUACAUAUUUAUAACUGUUAUAGCUUCUUGAUGAAUUCAUCUGACCCUCUUAUCAUUAUAGUUUGCCUUUCUUUGCCUCUUAUGGGGCCCUGGUGGCACAGUGGUUAACAGCUACAGUGAGCUAUGGCUGCUAACCAAAAGGUAAACAAUUCAAAUCCACCAGUUGCUCUGUGGAAACUCUGUGGAACAGUUCUACUCUGCCCUGUAAGGUCACUGUGAGUUGGAAUCAACGGGGUGGCAACAGGUUUUUUUGGUUUGCCUCUUGUAACAGAUUUUGACUUAACCCUUUUCUGCCUUGUGGUACAUAUGGUAUCCCAACCACUUUUUAUGCCUUUGGAGUUCUUUGGGAAGGAGGUAGCACAAUUUUAACACGUUUAGCAUCAAGGUGGGAGCCUUGAAAUGCAUGAAACUCAAGAACCCUGAGUUGGAGCCUAAUUUUGGGUAGAUUGAUCAUUGUCUUAGGUGAUGUCUCCUGGAUGUGUGAAUUUCCUAAACUUUUGACAGGUUUACCUUUAUGAGAUAAGCCUCCUCACUUUGUUUCCCAGUUACUAUGUUCUCAUGAGAAUGUACUUAUCACAGGAAUAAGCUAUUCCCGUCUUCAUUUGGUCAUAGUGGCCAUUUUCUCCCUGAUGCCAUUCAUUGCUUCCAGGUAUUACUGGCUUCCUCCCUUUCUAGCUUUUGAACAGUAUGUAAUGCCUUUGCAAUGAGGAAUAAUGCAUUGCAGUGGUGCUUCUCAAGAGACUCAGACUUCUACAAGUUAUUCUUACCCUGCAUUCAUUAAACCCAAACCCAUUGCCGUCAAGUCAAUUCCAACUCAUAGUGACCCUAUAUCAGGGCCCAAUCAUUACUUCCAAGUGUAGCAGCUAUAAUGCACUGCUAUGAGCAGUUCUGCGGUAUUCCAGGGCAGCUGUUUCUGCUUCUUAGCUGUUAGUACUGCUUUUGUUAUAAUGAAGAAUACAUAGUAGUGGUAAUUUUCCUGAAAUUCAAAUUCCUUUAUUUAUUUGGCCUGUCAGUACUGCUUUUGUAGUAAUGAAGAAUGCAUUGUAGUGGUAAUUUUCCUGAGAUUGAAAAAAAAAAAAAUCCCUUGGCUUUAUUUAUUUGGGCUGUAAUGCUUUUGCAGUAAAGAAGAGUGCAUUGUACCAUGUUUUGAAAAAUUUUAUGAAAAAUAAUAAAGAAGGAGACUAGAAUAAAAUGUAUAGUCAUUGCUAGGUGCCUUUGUGUUUUACCUCAAGUUUUGCAAAUUUGCAACAAAUUAAAAAAAAAUUUUUUUAUCAUUGGCUCAUAUCAGUAGAAUUUACUACGUCCAGUAUUCGCUAAGACUUGGGUGAUCCCAGGUAAUGGGUAUCAAAAUCCAUAACUCAACAAAAAAAUCUGAAUUGGUCCUUCAAGCAGUGUGCUUUCCAUUAGUGAAAACACAUAGCAUCAACAAAAAAUUCAAAGGAGAAAAUAAUUGGGACUGCAAAGGAUUAAAAUCUAUUUUGUCUAAUAUUCAUAGGGCCAUCCCUGCUCUCUCUUGGUUACUAUUUGCAUGAAUUAUUCUUUUCUGUCCUUUCAUUUUCAGUCUGUUUCCUGGGGCCUAAGAUUUAUCUCUUGUAGACAGCAUAUGGAUGGAAAAAUCGCUUUUAUACUAGUAGAAUAAUUACUAGUAGAAUAAUUGGUUGUAUUCCUUUGUCCUUUGUAUUGUAGACUAUCUUAACUAUUCUUACUCCUUUACAUUUCAUUAUAAUUUUUAGAAUGAGCUUGUCAGUUUACAUCAAAAAAAAAAAACCUAUUAGGAUUUUGAUUGGGAUUGCCUUGACUCUUUAGAUCAGUUUUGGAAGAAUUCAUCUUUAAUUUUUUGUGUCUUCCGUAAACCUGUGCAUAGAUCAAGAGGCAGUCAUUUGAACAGAGAAAGGGAUACUGCAUGGUUUGAAAUCGGAAAAGGUGUGCAUCAGGGUUGUAUCCUUUCACCAUACUUAUUCAAUUUGUACACUGAGCAAAUCUGAGAAGAUAGGCUAUAUGAAAAGAAUGUGGCAUCAGGAUUGGAGGAAGAUUCAUUAACAACCUGCAAUAUGCAAAUGACACAACCUUGCCUGCUGAAAGUGAAGAGGACUUAAAGCAUUUACUGAUGAAGAUCCAAGGCUACAGCCUUCAGUAUGGGUUACACCUCAACCACGACUGGACCAAUAAGCAACAUCACGAUAAACGAAAAAAAUACUGAAGUUGUCGAGGAUAUCAUUUUACUUGGAUCAGCAAUCAAUGUCCACGGGAGCAGCAGUCAAGAAAUCAAACAACAUAUUGCAUUGGGCAAAUGUGCUGCGAAAGAUCUCUCUAAAGUGUUAAAAAGCAAAGAUAUCACUUUGAUGACUAAGGUGCCCCUGACCCAAGCCAUAGACUUUUCAAUUGCCUCAUAUGGAUGCAAAAGUUGGACAAUGAAAAAGACUGAAGAUGCAUUUAAAUUAUGAUGUUGGCAAAGAAUACUGAAUAUACCAUGGAUCACCAGAAGAACAAACAUCUGUCUUGGAGGAAGUACAGCCAGAAUGAUCGUUGGAAGGGAGGAUGGCAAGACUUCAUCUUGCUUACUUUGGACAUAUUAUCAGGAGGGACCAAUCCCUGGAGAGGGACAUCAUGCUUGGUAAAGUAGGGGGUCAGCAAAAAAGAGGAAGACCCUCAACGAGAUGGAUUGACACAGUGGCUGCAACAAUGGACUCAAACAUACCUACUAUUGUGAGGAACGUGCAGGACUGGGUGACAUUUUGUUCUGUUAUACGUAGGGUCUCUCUGAAUUGGAGAUGACUGGAUGGCAUCUAACAACAACUAUGAAUAUGGCAUGUCUCCAUUUACUUAUGUUCCUUAAUUUCUCUCAACAAUAUUUUAUAAUUCUUGUGUAGUGAUCCAGCAGAUAUAUGAGCAGGCCAACUCCUGAUCCCAUUUUGGGGCUCUAUUUCAUGGAGCCACUUGUGAUACCAAUAAAUAUAUUAGCCGGAGGCCCAAUACAAUAGAAAAUAGAUGAUGCAUUCAAACUGGCUAACUGAAGAGAGCUUGGUAUAUAAUACCUGGGGGCCAAGAUUAGUGAGAAAACAUUAUUACCUCUUGUUUAAGCCAAAGGAAUGGCGUACUUACUGGAACAUCUUGAGAGUGGCUGAUGAAAAGCACUGCUUGAUAUAUGAGUUGUGGCCUUUGAAAGAGGAUGAAACCAACACAAGCCAAGCCAGCAAGUAGAGGGAGCCAAGAAAAUAAAUAAGCCAACUUCUCCUUCCUCCUUGUGCUAGCACUUACCAAACCAACCAGAAGCAUCCACAAGCAAAGUCAAUCUCUUGGGGCACAGAACGGGAUGGGGAGAAUGAGGAGUGGAUAAAGUAGAGCAAACAGCUCUCCAGAAGUCCUGUUAGGAAACUUGAAAAAAAUAGUUCAUACCUAUGUUGCUUUCUCAUUUCCUAAAUCUAUUCACUGCAACCUGGUCCUCCCCUGCCACUACACAGAAACAUGCUUUUGCCAAGAUCACUAAUGACCAACUUGUUGCUAAUCAGAUCAAUUUUCAGCCUUCUCCUUAUUUUACUCCUCUGGACAUUUGACACUGUUGAUCACUCCUUGCUCCUUUAAGUCCUCUCUGGUCUUCUAGGAUACAAUUAUCUUCCUGGUUUUCCUCCUAUUUCUCCUUUUCCAUUUUCCACAUUAUUUUCCCCUUGCUUUAUUGAAGUAUAAUUUGCAUGCAACAAAAUUCACCAAUUUUAAGUGUACAAUUUGAUGAGUUUUGACAAAUAUAUACGUCAUGUAACCACCAUAAUCAUGAUACAGGACAUUUCCAUCACCACAAGAUGUUCUCUUAUGCCCCCCUGAAUAAAUCUCUUCUCCUCAAUUCCAUGGCCCCUUGACAACCACUCAUCUGCUUUGUGUCGCUAUAAUUUUACCUGAUCCAAAUUGAAUUAUGCAGUAUGAGGUAUUUUGUGUGUGUGUGUGUGUGUGUGUGUGUGUGCGUGCCUACUAUCUUUCACUUCAAGGAGCCCUGGUGGCACAGUGAUUAAGCACUCAGCUAUUAGCAAAAAUUUUGGCGGUUCGAACCCACCAGCCACACUACAGGAGAAAGAUGUAGCAGUGUGCUUUCGUAAGGAUUACAGCCUUGGAAACCCUAUGGGGCAGUUUUACUCUGUCCUAUAGAGUCAUUAUCAGUCGGAAUCAACUGUAUGGCAAUGGAUUUUAUGUAUCUUUCACUUCAGUCCAUCCACAUUGCUACAUGUAUUACUUGUUCAUUCCUCUUUAUUGCUGAAUAUUCCCUUGUGGUAGUUAUACCAUAGUUUAUUUAAUCCAUUCACCAGUUAAUGUGCAUUUGAGUUGUUUCUAGUUUGGGGCUAUUAUGAAUAAAGCUGUAGGAACAUUUGGGUACAGACUUUGUAUAGACAUGUGUUCUAAUUUCUCUGGGAGUGGAAUUGCUGAGUCAUAUAGUGACUCAUAAAUGUAUGUUUAGAUAUAAAGAAGCUGCCAAACUAUCUUCCAAAGUGUCUGUGCUAUUUUAUGUUUCCACCAGCAAUGUAUGAGAUUUCUAGUUGUACCACGUUCUUGCUAAUAUAUGAUACUGUCAUUCUUUUCUAUUAUAGCCACUCUAGUGGGUUUGUAGUGAUAUCUCGUGGUUUUAAUUUUCAUUCUCCUAACUUUUCAUGAGCAUAUUUAUCAUUUGUGUAUCUUUUUUGUUGAAGGGUCUGUUCAACAUUUUGCCUGUUUUUCUGUUGGGUGGUGUGUUUUCUUACAGGGUUGUAAAUUUUUUUUUUUAAUGUUAUAGAUUCCAGAAUACAAAGGAGCCCUGGUGGUACAGUGGUUAAGCUCUGGGCUGCUAACGGAAAGAGUGGUGGUUCAAACCUGCCAGGUACUCCAUGGGAGAAAGCUAUGUGGGUCUGCUUCUGUAGAGAUUGACGGCCUUAGAAACCCCGUGUGAAAGUUCUACUAUCCUUUGAGUCGGAAUCGACUCAAUGGCAACAGGUAUUCUGGAAUACAAGGUUUUUGGUUUUCUUUUGAAACAAAUAUGUGUUUUGCAAGGAUUUUCUCAGUCACUCACCUUUUCAUAUUCUUACCAGUGUCUUUUAAAGAUCUGAAAGGUUUUAAUUUUGGUGAAAUCCAGUGGACCCACUUUUUUUCUAUUUUAGUUCAUGCUUUUUUGUGUCUUAUUUAAGAAACCUUUGCCUAACCCAAGGCCACUAAGAUUUUCUUCUGUUUUGCACUAAAAGUUUUAUAGUUUUAGCUCUUAUAUUCAGGUCUGUGAUCCAUUUCAAAUUAAUUUUGAGGUAAGGGUCAAGAUUUUUUUUUCCCUUUUAGCAUAUGGAUAGCCAGUUUUUCCAGCACCAUUAGUUGAAAGGAUUAUCCUUUCCCCAUUGGAUUGCCUUAGUGCCUUUUUAAAAAAUCAAUUGACUAUAUAUAACCUGUAAAACCCAUUUGCCAUCAAGUCAAUUCCGACUCAUAGCGACCCUAUAGAACAGAAUAGAACUGCCCCCAUAGGGUUUCCAAGGAGGGGCUAGUGAAUUCAAACUGCCAACCUUUGGAUUAUCGCCAAUCUCUUAACCACUGUGCCACCAGGGCUACUGAUUAAAAAAAUGUGGCUCUAAUUCUAGACUCCAUUUUGUUCAGAUGAUCUAUUUAACGGUGUACCAAUACCAUAUACCUGUAUAAAAAAAAAAAAAAAUCCACUGCCAUCGACUUGAUUCCGCCUCAUAGCCACCCCACGGGGUUUCCAAGGCUGUAAAUCUUUACGGAAGCAGACUGCCAUAUCUUUACCCCCCAGAGUGGCUGGUGGAUUCUAACCGCCGAACUUUGGGUUAGCAAUUGAGCAUUUCAACCACUGCACCACCAGUGCCCCUACCAGUAUACCCAUAUACAAAUGCCACAUUUUAUUAGUUACCAUAACUUUGUAGUAAAUCUUAAAAUCAAAUGGUGAAAAUCCUCCAACUGUGUUCAUUGUUUUCAAAAUUAUUUUGGCUAUUCUAGAUUGUUUUCAUUUUCAUAUAAACUUUAGCAUCAUUUGUCAAUUUCUAUGAGGAAGCCUACUGGGUGUUUUUUAUUGGGAUUACAUAGAAUCUAUAGACCAAUUUAGGGGAAAUUGACAUUGUAAAAAUACUGUCUUCUGAAAUAAAUUAGUCACAACAGGACCAAAACCCAAACUAAACCCACUGCUGUCAAGUUGAUUCCACCUCAUAGCAACUCUGUAGGAUGGAGUAGAACUGCCCCAUAGGGUUUCCAAGGCUGUACAUCUUUAUGGGAGCAGACUGCCACAUCUUUCUUCAGAGGAGCAGCUGAUGGAUUUGAACUGCCGACCUUUUGGUUAGCAGCUGAGCUCUUUAACCACUACACCACCAGGGCUCCUUCACAAAAGGGCAAAUACUGUUUAUUUAGGUCUUCUUCAAUUUAUCUCAGCAAUGUUUUACACUUUUCACUGUACAAGUCUUGUUAAAUUUAUUUUUAAGUAUUUCAUAUUUUAUGAUAUUGUAAAUGGUAUUAUUUUUAUCAAUCUCCAAUUGUUUGUUGCUAACAUACAGAAAUACAAGUGAGUUUUCUAUAUUGGGUUUGUGUUCUGCGACUUUGCUAAACUCACUUUUUAGUUUCAAAAGCUUUCCCCAUUUCAAGAUCCUUAAUCACAGCUGCAAAGUUCCUUUGCAGGUAACAUAUUCACAGGAUUCGGGAAUUAGAACAUACUCAUUCGGAGGGAGCCUUUAUUCUGCCUACCAUAUGUCUAAUCGUGCUUGGUGUCUGCUUCUGGAAGGACCCAAAAUAACACAGUGGCCUUAGCUAAAGUGCCUUCCUGUGAGCUUCAAUAGUGCUUUUCCCGUCAAAACACCUGUACUUUCACAACUCUAUUAGAAUUCUGUGUCUACGUCCCCAGUAGACUGUGGACUGCUUGAGAAUAUUGUCUUAUUCACUACUAUAUUCUCAGUGUUUAGCAAAGUAUCUGGCAUAUUGUAGAUCUUUAAUAAAUACUUAAGGAAAUGUUCCUUGAAUAAAAUAUAUAAGAAAAAAAAAAAAGACUUUUGCAAAGCAAAUGUGAGCGAUUUCCAUGACGGGAUACUUUUAACUCAUUGUGUGUCACAAUAUUGCCAUUAAAAGUUUAAUGAGGAGUCCUAAUCCAUUGUUCUUGGGAAUGUAAAAUGGUACAGCCUCUGUGGAAAACGGUUUGACGGUUCCCAAAGCUAGAUAUGUACCCAGAAGAAGUGAAAGCAGGAGCACAAACAGAAACCUGUACACCAAUGUUCAUUACAGCACUUUUUACAAUAACCAAAACCUGGAAACAACUGAAAUGUCCAUCAACAAAUGAAUGGAUAAACAAAACAUGGUAUAAAUAUACCAUGGAAUGUUACUCAGCCACAAGGAUAAAUGAAGUCCUUAUGCAUGCCACAACAUGGAUGAACCUUAAAAACAUGCUGAGCAAAUUAAGUCGGUCAUAAAAGGACAAAUACGGUAAGUCUCACAUAUACGAUGUAAGCAAAUAUGUAGGAACCAAAAAUUAUUAGUGGUUGACCAGGAAUGGGCAGGGAGGAGGGGGUGGUGCCGAGAAGAUUUUGCUUAGGGAAUUGAGUUUGUGUUAAUGGUAGUAUAAUAAUUUGGAAAAGGACGGUGACAAUGGUUGCAUAACAUGAAGAAUGUAAUCGAUGUCAUUGAAUUAUACAUGUAGAAAUUGUUGAAUUGGCAAAUGUGGUGCAUAUUUUCACACGCACACAAAAACAUUUAAUGAGGCAAAAGGAUUUGAGAUUUUUCCAUCUAAGAAAUAGAUGGAAAGAAACUAGAUCAUUGGUUUUCCUCAUAGGUACUGUUGGUGAAUUGCCUAUUUGCUCUCAAAUCCACUUCCACACUCUUCCCUUGCUUUGCUUCACUGGAAACUACAUUUUUCACACACCCUUCUUCCUGGUUUUCAGGUGGGUGUGCCUAAUAGGAGGGAAUAGCAUAAGAUCAGAGGGCGGGAGGAGGAGGGAAGAAACACGGCAUUUCUCGCCCCUUCUCACAUUCCCGUUUGUAGUGGCAUCCCUGCUAGUAGCUGUGUCUUCUCUGUCCUAUGGCUUCAGAACUCUGGUAACACCAUUUCUCCCUACUGUCCCUUCCACCUGAGUGGGGUAGCACUUCCUGGUCUUGCUUAUCUCUGGGUUGCCUCACCUUCCCUUUUGGCUUCUUAGUCUUGGCUCCAUCACCAGUGAAACCAAUACACUGUAUUCCUUCAAUUGGAAAGAUCUAAAGUUAUCUGUGUUUUCCUGGUUAGGGUCACUUUGAAAAUUACUGGAAAUUCUUGGUCCCCAUAAAAAAAUUACUAUAAUUAUACCAUAGAAUGAAUAAUCAGGAAUUCUGUUUUCCAUCAGCCAAUUCUAUUUAAACCCCAUCAUAUUUCUGAUUUUUAGAAAAAUUGAAACUGACAAAAGUUCUAUAAAUUGAAGUGUUAGCUUCUCAAGAAUGGAGCAAAGUUCAACAAGACCCAGAUAUGAUACUUGAUAAAAACAGAACAAAUUCUCAGAAGUCUCUGAUUUAAAUCCUAUGUUGAUUUAGUUAAAUAAUUGUAUUUUGUGCAAUUUCUACAAUUUUAUGCAGUUUCUUGAGUUUGGUCUUAUUAAAAACACCCCUUCGCAAUUUUUGGAGUGAGUUAGAAAAUCACUCCAGGGUAGAAAAUGCCUUGGGAAUUAGGCAUCUGUUCUUUGUUAUCUCUAAUGAUAGUGUAAAAAGUUGCACUGUCAAAUGAUGUUAAAAUUAAUGGAAGGUUUAUUGGCCUUAAGAAUUGCAGAUUGUUAAGAGAUCUAGAGCUAUGAAUACAAAUAAAAAACCUGAAAACAGCACACAAGCAUCAUUUAGAGCAUAACAAGUGUUUAGAAAGUCUGAGACACUAUUACGUAAU